ACCAACACCACAAUGGGACGGGUGGGGACGCUUGCAUUAUACAUUUGUUUGGCCUAUCUGCUACAGGGCACCACUGAGGCGCUAGGUGUGAGAAAUACAUCCUCCACGGUCGGUCCUAUGGAGGCAACCACUUCAGGGAUUAACUCCACCACCACCAUCCAUACUACUGUAAACGAAACGUCAAUCACUGGCUCCUCUCCCAAUAGCACCACCGACAACCACCACAAUGGCAGCACUGCAACAAGGGGACCACCUCCCUCCUCCUUCACUUCACACGCCUCCACUCAUCCCGUGGCUACCACCACAUCAUCUCCCGUGAUGUUCACAGGAGUCACACAGAGGACCAAGAUGACAACCAACGGGGUCAACACAACCAACACCCAGCAUCCAAAUGUGACCAAAGCUCACACAGCUUCCAAGGGACCCCUGUAUAAGAGCACCUUAGCUGUUACAAAAGGAGGGUCCUCUUCCCUGUUUGGGUCCUGUAGCCAUUUCCUGCUACCUUUAAUUACCAUUUUGUUUUACAGUGUAUAAGGACCGACAAUGUACGCCUGAAAGACUAGCUUCACUGCUUCCGAUUUCAAACUCUCAGCUCAAAUCUCAGUCAUACUUAGUAAACAGAAGAGGGGGGGGGUCAUUUCUACAUUGCUACAAAACCACAAAUCUGUCUGCACAUUAUGGAGAGGUUCACACAAGGCCUCCUCAGUAGAAAAUAUAGAUUCUGGACUCAGUACUUAAUCCACGUCACUGUGACUAUCGCUGACGAGCCUCACACUGAAGCUAUGAAGUGCUCCGUUUGAAAAUAUAUGAAAUGAAAAAAAAAAGCACUGAGCUGUUUUCCACUUCUGAGCAGGACUGAUCCUGACAAUCUCUGUGGAAUAAUCAAAACUUUCAUAUGCAAAAAUGUCAAAAUGAAAUUGUAGCGGGAAUGCCAGUAUGUUUUUUUUCUUGUUGAAUAAAAACCGUAACUGACUCGA